CUGCCAUAAUUUCCUAUCAGCCUAUUCAGACAACAUCACCAACAGCUUGGUCUGUGCGUGUGUGUGUGUAUGGAGGCAAAGCAGAGAGUGAGAGAGAGAGGCAGCGCACGAGAGCCAGAGAGAGAGCGACACAGAGAGCGACACAGAGAGUGAGAGAGAGAGCAUUGAAGGGGGAGGCUCCAUAUUCUUUCACCUACCCCCCGUCAAACCACAGGAAGGAGGGGCCAGACCCUAAGCUGCCAAUCAAAUCCGCUCGUGGCAGCCGGCAUUAUCUCAGCAACAAACUAUUGACAGAUUACAUGUCAAGGAGUUUAGUGCAUGAUUGAAGGAAGCCUUUUUUUAUCUAGUUACUUUUCCGCUUUAUUUCCCCUUCCACCAACCAACAUUCGAAUGACUUUCUAACAGAGUUGAGUAAUAUUAUGAAAGUUACAUGUCUGAGAGGAUUUAACUUCGACUUCCCUGAAUAUGCUGAAAGGAGUUUAUGCACUGAAACGACCUCAGGAAAAUCCAAGAUGGCCGCCAAAAGGAAAGGUGGCCUAAAACUCAAUGCUAUCUGUGCCAAGCUGAGCCGCCAGGUGGUGUUCGACAGCAGCUCCCAGAAUGCAGAGGGAGACCAGAGUGUAGCAGACAAUAGCGAACGUGGCAGUUCCCACUACGAUGACAAUGAGACCAACUUCCCUGAGAGCCUGAGCCUGACUCAGAGCCUAGAGGAGGACCAGAAGAGACGCGAGGCCAUCGAGAAGUGGGUCAACGGCGAGUACUGCGACGAGCCGCCAGUUCCUGAUGAUGAGCAGGAGCAAGAACUCAAAGUCAGUACUGACGAAGAUGCCCCUCCUGAGGGUGUGUACAUGGUACAGCCCAAAGGUUGCAGUGAUGAUGAAGAGGAGGCUGAGCCUGUGGCGGGGUCUCAGGAUGGUAGUUUCCAUGACAACAAAGAAGUUGAAGACAGGCCUCCAAAAGAUGACACCUACAUGCCGCCAAGCGAGGCCCAGAGUCGCCAACCACCUUUCUCCUCUCCAGGAGAAGCAUCUGCCCUGCGAGACUAUGCAGCCAACACCAUGAAUGAAUUUUUGGGAAUGUUCGGUUAUGAUGACCAGCAGGUAAGGGAUGAGCUGACCAAGAAGAUCAGCUUUGAGAAGCUCAAAGCCGCUACCUCAGACCCCUCAUCCCUCAGCAGUGAGGAGGCCUCACGGCGUGCCCGCUUCUCUAAGUACGAAGAGUACAUUCGCAAGCUAAAAGCCGGCGAGACCUUACCUUGGCCCAUUCAUGCUUCCCCACCUAAACCAGACGACCUCAACUCAAAACUGGCCCAAGACAAGAGCGCUACCAUGCUCCACCAGACCUCCGGGUGCCUCCCAGGGGCCGAGGCACAGAUCUACCCCUCCCGCCUGGACCACAAACAGCCAGGAGGACCUCAGCUUGGCACUUCUCAGCCGCCAAAUCCCGCUCACAUCCAGAACAUGGCAUCCCGAGCCUCCAAGUAUGACUUCUUCAUUCAGAAGCUGAAGAUGGGCGAGAGUCUACAGCAGCAGAACGGUAAUGCUUAUAAGCGACCCUCCAAGUAUGACUUGGAAAAUGUCAAGUUUCUGCACCUCUUCAAGCCUGGUGAAGGCAACCCUGACAUGGGCGGUGCCAUCGCCUUUAAGACUGGCAAAGUGGGCCGUCCUUCGAAGUAUGACAUCAGAACAAUUCAGAAGCUAAUGCCAGGAAAUCCUGAGGCCUCACUGAUGCCCAAUGUCCUCGCUACAGCACCAGGGAACCCAGGAGCUCCUGGUGUCCCCACCGUAGCCGCAACUGGGGCCAGCAUCGCCCCAGGGCUCACAAUGGACCAGACGGGACACUUAAGCUUCAACGCCUCUGACUACCUGAAGUCCAGCUUUUCCAAGACUGACUCCAUCACCACAGGGACUGUGUCCUCUGUUAAGAAUGGCCUGCCACCAGAUAAACCCGCCAGCGACGACAUCAACCUCUACCAGAAAUAUAUUGCCAGGUUCUCUGGAAGUCAACACUGUGGACAUGUGCACUGUGCAUACCAGUACAGAGAGCAUUACCACUGCAUGGACCCUGAGUGUAACUACCAGGUGAGCAGGUUUACCAGUAAGCAGGAUGUAAUCAGGCACUACAACAUGCACAAGAAGAGGGACAACUCCCUGCAGCAUGGCUUCAUGCGCUUCAGCCCUCUGGACGACUGCAGUGUCUACUACCAUGGCUGCCACCUCAAUGGAAAAAGCACCCAUUACCACUGCAUGCAGGUGGGCUGCAGCAAGGUGUACACCAGCACCUCAGAUGUCAUGACCCACGAAAACUUCCACAAAAAAAAUGCCCAGCUGAUCAACGAUGGCUUCCAGAGAUUUCGCGCCACCGAGGACUGUGGCACAGUCGGGUGUCAAUUCUACGGCCAGAAGACUACACACUUCCACUGCAGGCGCCCAGGCUGCACAUUCACCUUCAAGAACAAGUGUGACAUUGAGAAGCACAAGAGCUACCACAUCAAGGAUGAUGCCUAUGCCAAAGAUGGCUUCAAGAAGUUCUAUAAGUAUGAGGAGUGCAAGUACGAGGGCUGCGUGUACAGCAAAGCUACCAACCACUUCCACUGCAUCCGCUCAGGCUGCGGCUUCACUUUUACCUCCACCAGCCAGAUGACCUCCCACAAGCGCAAACACGAGCGCCGGCACAUCCGCUCCUCUGGUGUCAUGGGCCUCUCUUCCACCUUCCUUGCCCCGAAGGAUGAGCCAGAGGAAUCGAGCAAUGAUGACCUGAUGGACUUCUCGACCAUCAGCAGCAAGAACUCCAGCCUGAGUGCCUCGCCUACGACCCAGCAGUCCACCACUGUACCACACCUGUUGGCCACACCCACCACUGUUGUCUCUUCCUCCUCUACAUCAGGCCACACCCUCAAACCUGCACCCUCGCUGCCCAGUGCGGGCCAGCGUAUGUCCAGCCUGCUGUCCCAGGCCCUGCCCAGCAACAUGCCAGUGGCCCUUGCUCUUUCCAACAGUGCCCUGGCGGCCUCCAACCCAUUCUUCCCUCUCAUGCCCAGGCUGCCUCUCCAACCACCUCCACCGGCAGCAAGCCUGAUAUCAGCCGUAUCCUCUGGUGCCCACUCCAUGCCCACCGACUCACUGACCCAAGGAUGCUCCACAGUUGGGGCAGAUGGAGCAAUGGCAUCUACCCCAACCUCCUUCGCCACCUCCUCCAUCAUGGAGAAAAUCUCGGCAAGCAAAGGUCUAAUAUCACCCAUGAUGGCCAGACUGGCAGCUGCGGCCCUGAAGCCCUCCAACAACCCAGACAUAGGGAAUGGGCAGCCGGCUUCAGUCAGCCAGUUCAAUCUGGUUCAAGUGAAGCAGGAGCCAGUGGACGCCAAUUCUGGGGCUUCCCAAGACUCCACGCAGGAGCACAGCCUGGACCUGAGCAAAAAAGAACACAGUAAUGAAUCAAACGGACACCCUGUACCAGGGAAUACAUCUCUUUUAUCCUCGCUUAUGAAUAAGAUGUCACAGGUGAACCCUGCCCUGUUCAACGCCAUGAACCUGAAGACAGAGCUGGAGGCAGGCCAGGGCGGCAACACCUCGGAGACGGCGCAGUAUCUGAACAGAGUCCUGAAGAGACCCAUGCCAGAAAAACCCAGUGAGAUCUGGAGGACAUAUCUCCGCAGGUUUGACACGGAUGACUUCUGUGAGGCUCAGUGUGACUUCCUUCAGAAGGUGCACUUUCAUUGCCUGGUAGAGGACUGUGGAGCACUCUUCAGCACCGUAGAUGGGGCCAUAAAACAUGCUAACUUCCACCUCCGAGCCACCUUGAAAGUGAAAUCAGAGCCUCAGUUCGGUGAGGGCAAAGACUCGGGUGAGGGAGCCCCGCUGCAGCCUGCUGCACCCAUCUCUAUGGCCAACAAUCCUUCCAUGGAUGUGGCACACCUCACCUCCUCUGGUGGCUACAGCUCUCCUCCUCCCUCCCUGCUGGCCUGGAAGCAACUGACCGGCAGCAUCCCUCAGAUGCCAGCCUCGAUGCCCAACCUGCCGGCCAACUCCCCUCUGGCCACCACCUCUCUGGAGAAUGCUAAGCCACAAGUCAAACCUGGUUUCCUGCAGUUCCAAGAAAAUGAUCCCUGUUUGGCUACUGACUGUAAAUACUCAAACAAGUUCCAUUUCCACUGCUUGUUUGGGAAUUGCAAGUAUGUGUGCAAGACGUCUGGCAAGGCUGAGUCCCACUGUUUGGACCACAUCAACCCAAACAACAACCUGGUCAACGUCCGUGACCAGUUUUCCUACUACUCUCUCCAGUGUCUGUGUCCCAACCAGCACUGCGAGUUCAGAAUGAGAGGCCACUAUCACUGUCUGCGGCCUGGCUGCUACUUUGUCACUAACAUCACCACCAAGCUGCCGUGGCAUGUCAAGAAGCACGAGAAGGCGGAGCGCCGUGCUGCCAAUGGAUUCAAAUAUUUCACCAAGAGGGAGGAAUGUGGGAGGCUUGGUUGUAAGUAUAACCAAGUCAACAGCCACUUCCACUGCAUCCGCGAGGGUUGCCAGUUCUCCUUCCUGCUCAAGCACCAGAUGACCUCACACGCACGCAAACACAUGAGGCGGAUGCUGGGCAAGAACUUUGACAGAGUCCCAUCCCAGGUGAUGCCGCUGAGUCAGAGGGGAGAUGAGAUGCAGCAUGCAUCCGGUAUGAUGUCCGGGUCUGUAGCGAACCAGCCCGGUAUGAACUCCAGCUUCUCCUCCAACAUCAUGGAUGAGACUGAUGAGUACAUGGACUACAUGGGAGGAGGGGGCAGCCCAUUGGGCCUCUCCUCCGAGUCCUCCAACCAGGACCGGAGCUGCACCAGCACACCUGUAGGCAACGAUGGUUCUCCAGCAGGACAAGGCUAUCCCGCCACCACUUCUGCUCCUACCACCCCUGCUGACACUAGCGCAAAUGCACCUCCUUCUUCCCCUCCUCCUCCUCCUCCACUACCACCCCUUCCUCACUCUGCUCCUCAGCCUGGCCUCCAGUCCCAGGCCCCAUCCCUCUCUCCUGCCCUCCUCCGACCUCCUCUCCCCUCACUCCCAUACCUCCUCUCUCCAUCCUGUCUGUCAUACUCUCUGCUCAGCGCCUCUCUGGGAGCCACUCGGAGUGUUGUCAUGCCAACCAACACACCAGCUUUCAGCCCCAUCAUUGCCACUCCGUCUCCGGUUAAAAAUGACGUCCCUAUAGUUCAGGAUGCUGCAGGCAACACCAUCUCCAUUCCCACGGCUACUGGUUCAAAGAAGCGCUUCUGGAUCAUCGAGGACAUGUCACCUUUCGGCAAGCGCCGCAAGACCGCAUCGUCACGCAAGAUGCUGGAUGAGGGGAUGAUGCUGGAGGGCUUCCGGCGCUAUGACCUCUACGAGAACUGCAAGGACUCCGGAUGCCAGUUUUCUCUGAAGGUGACCCACUACCACUGCACACGUGAGAACUGUGGCUACAAGUUCUGCGGCCGCACCCACAUGUACAAGCAUGCACAGCACCACGACCGAGUGGACAACCUGGUCCUGGACGACUUCAAGCGCUUCAAAUCCUCACUCAGCUGCAACUUCCCUGACUGCCAGUUUUCAGGCAACAGCACCCACUUCCAUUGUCUGCGCUGCGGCUUCCGCUGCACUGACAGCACCAAGGUGACGGCCCACCGCAAGCACCACGGCAAGCAAGAUGUGAUCAGCGCUGCCGGCUUCUGCCAGUUCAGCUCUAGUGUUGAUUGUGAGGUUCCCGACUGCAAAUAUAAGCUCAAGUGCUCACACUUCCACUGCACCUUCCCUGAGUGCAAGCACACGGUUGUGGGCAUGUCCCAGAUGGACUCCCACAAGAGAAAGCAUGAGAAGCAGGAGCGGGGUGAGCUGCCGUCUGUGUCACCCAAACAGGAGGCAGUGCACCACCUGGGAGGAAGCGUGUCUUUGGUCCCUCCAGUCUCUAUGGGUCUUUCUACUUCCUCACCUGGUGGCCUCCACGGGUUGUCCCACGCUAUUAACAGCAGCACUCGCUCCAUGCUCUACCCAACUGGCGCCAUUGUGUCUGAGUAUACCCACCCGUAUCCACCGUCCUCCCUCAGCCUGGACAGCUCCCUCAACCUGAGCACCGACACCAGCAGCUCCCUGUUCUUCCUGAAGAACGCAGCCGGUCUGGGUCUUAGCGACUCACUGGACCUCAGCAAGAAGAUGCACCAAGAUGCAGCGCGAUCUGGCCACAACCCCGCACCCCCACUUAGUCUGCCGGCAGCUCAGGACGACACCACAGGAACGUCCGGGGAGGCUGAAGAUGACCUGUCGCCAGAGGAGGAGGCGCAUGCUGAGGAGGAGGAAGAAGAGGAGGAUGAAGAGGAGGAGGCAGAGGAGGAUAUCAACACUGACUCAAAUGAUGAUUCGAUGGCGGAGCCUGACGCUGAAAAGGACAAUGGCGAGAGUUUUGAUGCUUCCGUUAACCACACUGAUACUUCCCAACUGGAAAAGCAAGACGUUGACCCAUGAAAAAAAAAAUAACUACCAGUGACUGUAGGAACUGAAGAGAAACCCUGUGUACUUUGAACAAACAAAAAUGAAAGUGGCCUCAUUUAUCAUGUUUAGAGACUUCAGAUGACAACAAAAAACAACAAUAGCGUGGAGAAAAUGAUGGCCCAAAAUGAUUUAUUAUGAUGUUUACAAGAUGACCAACAUUAUUAAUUCAAUUAUGCAUUAAAAAAUAUGAACGGAGACACACAGAAUUAGGCCCUGUUUUACACACGGGGCAGCAAUGUAAAGCAUUUUACUACACAUCAGUCUUUUUGUGUGCGUGCAUGUUUGACUUUAAUUUAUUUUUAUUUUUUUCACUUUUUUGUGUGUGGAUAAAAAAAAACGUUAGAAAAACAAAAACAAAUCUCUCUAUAUAACUAUAUAUGUAAGUGUGUGUGUGUGUGAACGAUGAUAUACAAAAGGAAAUUGCUGGCACAGGCGACAUGAACUGCAGGGCCGAGGAUAAGUAGAGAAAAAAAAGGGAUGUGAAUCACUAAGGGGAAACAGGAUGGGUUCAACAUUUGAUCUUUUUUUCUGUAUUAAUAUUAUUAUUAUUAAUUAUUAUUAUUACUAUACACUGAGAGAGAAGGGAGUUACAUUUUGCUUGUUCCCACCUCUCUCAGAUGUUUUUCUUUGUUCUCAAUGACGUGGAAAUGACCAGUACAUGUUUGGUCAGUCUCAGCUGCAGUCGGGCAUCCACCAAGCUGCCAGUCUCAACAGUUCUCUCUGACAUUCUGCUAGAAAUGUUCGACUAGCACCAAAACCAAGCUCAGCCCUUGUAAUUGUACCCCCCUACGGAGGAAUCAAGUUUGUGUGUGGAUAGUGCACUUUUAUAUUAGCUGACCAUGAUGAUUACGAUGAUGAUAGAUAACUCAUAAGCAUAUUUAAAAAUAUUUUUGUUACCAUUUGCAUCUUUGCAUUACAAUGUCGUUUAGUUGUGUUGUUAGUCAGAAGCAUAUCGAUCUGUAAGCAGGCGAUGUCGUGAUUAACAGUCAGGUUGAAGAGGGGUGGGGGGUCAGACUGACCAGAGGAAACGAUGAGUCGCUCAGACACAGCGAGGAGGACAUCAGAGGAAGCGACAGGGAGUGUGUUUUAUGUUGAAAAUAUACAGACCGAAAAUGUCUAAACGGCAUUUUGUUUUCCAUUCACUAUGGCUGUGGUUGAGCUCCUGUUGUAACGGUUUUUAUUUAAUAUUUAUGUGACUUUCCAAUGAGAAAUUUUAGGGUGUUAUUGCACUUUUUAGGUUCAUUUUUACCGUCUGAAAAAAAAUAUGAUAUAUAUCUUUUAACAGGGAAUUUGCUUUAAAGAUGUUGUUUUAGUUCACUUUUGCUUUAAUGCACAAAUAGAUGUUAGUGUGACAAAGAACUGUCGUUCUGUGAUUUAUUUAAAGACUGGUUUUAUUUUGCUUCUGUGAUUGGACAGUUUUAAAAAAAAAAAGGAAACUUGUGCGCCAGAAAAAGCAGUGCCCUGAUAAGAAACACUAAUACGGACUGUGAUUUUAAAUUAAUUCUUAAGAAGUUCAUGGCAAUGCUCACUUACUGUAGUACUAAAUUACAAAUCUGUCAAAGCCACCCUCUGGUUUAUAUUGAGCGAAUAUGUACGACCGAGACACACUGAUCAUGACUUAUCUUUUGAGCUUGGCAUUGGAAAUAAGUGAUCAUAAUAUAGGGAAUUAAAAAUGUGUGUAGAUGAUAUUCCUCCAGAUAUUGUUUUGAGAAGAAAAAAAGGUUGUACAGUAUUUUCCUCUGUAAAAAAUAACUAUAUAUGAACAAAAUGCUCUUUGAUGAACAGCUUCCUUUAAAAAGAAAACCGUUAAAAGGAGAAAUGAAUAAUAAAAAGUUAAAAAUUCAAAUAGCCUCAUCAUAGUUUGCUUGUGUGCGUGACCUUUUUUAAUUACCCCAGAUUUUUGGAAAAAGUUGUUCAUACAGUAGCAUUGGCAGUUUCCGUUAUGAUAUUUGCAGUAUAUAUUUUUUUUCUUUUUCCAAAGUAUGUCAGAAGCUCAAACUAAAAUACACUGAUUUGAAUUCAUUCAUCAAUGUUUCUGUUUUAUUUAACGACUCGUUUUAUUCAUUGUCAUUUUUCUAUGUGUGUGCUUUUGUUUUAUUUUUUUCUCAUUAAUUGAAAUUCUUUGUUUAUAUUUACUUUGCUGUGGGCAUGCCUCGUUCACAGACUGAACUGUCUCCUGGGAAUCCGCUGCAACGCAGAGGCGACGUUUGUUUUGUUUCCUCAUCAUUUGCUGAGAUAACUGUAGAGGCUGGGAGACAUUGUGCACUUGAAUUCAGUUUGUGUGUGUGUGUGUGUGUGUGUGUGUGUGUGUGUGUGUGUGUGUGUAUGUGUGUGUGUGUGUGCGCGGGUGUAAAAUAGCAGGAUUUGUAAAAAGUUGAAAAUAAAGAAACUAUUAUUAUUAUAACAAUACACAUGUAGUGCUUGAUAGUGCCUCAGCCUUGGGUCACAUGUGGAGGGGAAAGGUGCUGCUGGACAGUCUGUCUCUUUUUGUAUCUGUCAGUGACACUACUGAAGUAUGUGUGUGUGUGUGUGUGUGUGUGUGAGAGAGAGACAGAGAGAGGGAGAGUGUGUGUGUGUGUGUGUCUCCCCCUGAGAGAGACAGAUAGGCCACGGCUGUAAGAACACAGACCUGUGGCUCCGUCCCAGCUGCUCAGAGCUUCGAUUCAUAUUUCAUGACCUUGUGCGACUUUUCCCUGCUUUGUUCCGCUAUAAAUCCAAAUGGGACACUUUUUUCUGUCACAGAAUUUGAAUAAAAUAAAAAAAGAAAAAUCAUCUGCAUUCAUGCAGGUAGAGGAAUCAACAAUAUUUGUUGCUGGGGUCGCCCGUUGUUCAUGCUUGACAUUCUGGUGCGAGGACGAGAUCAGAGCUGAGGACCAUUAGGGAGAUUUAGAGGCCUGCUACUGCUAACAAGAUGGCUCUCUGUGUCUUGUUCAGUGUAAACAGGGCACAUUUAUUUUUUUUCGUAAGUUCAUUUUCUUCUCCUUUUUUUUUUUUUUUUGCCUUGAGCCAUGUGCUGGGUUCUCCUCCCACUCCCUCAUGUCACCCUGUGGCCAGUGUGCUGGUUCUGUCUGUCCCUUCGUCUACAGCUGUUCCUGUCCUUCCUUCUUCUCUUCCUUGUGAUGUUUUUUUUUAAUAAAAAAAAGAAAAAAAACACGGGUAAAGGCAUCACCAUCUGUCAGCCAGCUGGCAUCCUGUAUAUAAUCUACCAGAAAAAAAAAGAAUAAACAUGAAAAUUAUAUUACACAAAAACCAGACGGAAACGACCUCCAAAUCCUGCAUAGGCUGCUGCCGAAACGACAGAUCAUUUUACUGUUUUAAUUAACAGAGUAAAAAGGAUGGUAUAAAAAAGUGGUGGGGAAAUAAACUGAGAUGUAUUUCUACUGCUGGGAAAGUGUAAUAUGAAAGCCUCCUGCUUACUGCAGCGUAGUGGAUAAACAGAGCAACAUUUUAGACUUUGUAAAAUAUAUUGCACUUUUGGACUAAAAGCCAUCUCCCGUUAGCGUUCAAUUUGGCUGGAUUCAUGAGACAUUUUAUAUGAAAAGUAGACAAUGAAGCAAUUUUUUAAAAAGUCUCUACUUGAAUUUGUUGCCCUCAGCACUACUAUUCAUUCUUGUCGUAUUGCUUAUUUCCACUUGGAUACAGUGCUGUUCAUCUUCAUUGUGCUAUAUUUAUGUUUCUUCUCUUCUGUUUCUGCAUGUCUUAUGCAAAGAUUGAGCUUUUCACUCAGUGAAAUAAAAACGUACUGAACGACUUUA